AUUGCCUUCCUUCAAGGAGAAAGAAAAGGUCAAGAGAAUUUGAAGAAGGAUUUAGUGCGAAGAAUAAAAAUGUUAGAGUAUGCUCUUAAACAAGAACGAGCUAAAUAUCACAAAUUAAAAUAUGGUACAGAGCUGAACCAGGGAGAUAUGAAGCCACCAAAUUAUGAUUCUGAUGAAGGAAAUGAAACCGAAGUUCAGUCACAACCUAAUAGUCAGUUAAUUUGGAAACAAGGGCGACAGUUACUCAGACAAUACCUGCAAGAGGUGGGAUAUACUGACACAAUCCUGGAUGUGAAGUCAAAACGAGUACGGACGUUGCUGGGUCUUUCAGGUGAUGGUCCAGAGAAGGAAACUGACAAAAACCAAGAAUCAAUGGUGAACGGCACUGAUGUUGAGAUUAAACAAAAAGUGAUGAUUGGAAAACCAGAUUUGACAGAUUCUGCCUCUCUGCUAGAAACAUUUAAAUUCCUUGAAAAUGCUGCUGCAGAAUUUAGUGAUGAAGAGGAAGAUGAUGAUAUUGAUGGAAGAGAGCGAACAGUCAUGGAUACAUCAACGAUUGUGAGAAAAAGAGUACUGCCUGAUAACAAUGAAGACAGAGAUACUGAAGAAGCCCUAAAGGAAUUUGACUUCCUGGCUACAUCUGAUGAAGGGGAUGGGGAAUCUAGAAGUUCAGGAGAUGGUACAGACUGGGAAAAGGAAGACCAGUGUCUCAUGCCCGAAGCCUGGAAUGUGGACCAGGGAGUAAUAACCAAACUGAAGGAACAAUACAAAAAGGAGCGCAAGGGGAAAAAGGGGGUGAAGAGAAAAACUACCGAAGAUAUGUUUCAGCCUCAGUCCUUUAUAAAACAGUCAAAACAGGGAUGUGGGAAAAUGAUGGAGCAAAACACAGGACCCAACAGGUCAAAACUGCAAGAUAUGCUUGCUAAUUUGAGAGAUGUUGAUGAUCUCCCUGCAUUACAGCCUUCUGUUGUACCACCCACGCGACCCAGUACUUCGCGGCUUAUUGAGCAAGAGAUGAAUCGAACAGAUGAAGUAGAAGCUUUAACAUUCCCUCCUUCAUCUGGGAAAUCUUUCAUUAUGGGAGCAGAUGAGGUCCUUGAAAGUGAACUUGGCCUUGGGGAAUUGGCAGGCCUUACAGUAGCCAAUGAAGCAGAUUCACUGACAUAUGAUAUAGCAAACAAUAAAGAUGCUCUGAGGAAGACUUGGAAUCCCAAGUUUACUUUAAGGAGCCAUUUUGAUGGAAUAAGGAGCCUGGCUUUCCAUCCAAUUGAACCAGUGUUAAUUACAGCUUCAGAAGACCAUACCUUAAAAAUGUGGAAUUUGCAAAAAACUUGUCCAGCAAAAAAGAGCACCUCACUUGAUGUUGAACCUAUCUAUACUUUCAGGGCACAUAACAGUCCAGUGCUUUGUGUAGUGAUGAGUAACAAUGGUGAGCAGUGUUACAGUGGAGGUACUGAUGGCCUCAUCCAGAGUUGGAAUACUACAAACCCGAAUAUUGACCCUUAUGAUUCAUAUGAUCCUUCCAUCUUAAGAGGUGCACUUGUAGGCCACUCAGAUGCCGUCUGGGGUUUGGUUUACAGUGGAACACACCAGCGUUUGCUCUCCUGUUCAGCAGAUGGCACCAUACGUUUAUGGAAGGCUUUGGAGAUCUCUCCUGCUUUGAAUAUAUUUAAUGAUAAUCAAGAAAUGGGAAUUCCAUCAUCUGUGGAUCUAGUGAGCAGUGACCCAAGCCUUAUGGUAGCAUCAUUUAACACUGGAUAUACAAGCAUUUUUAACAUGGAAACAAAACAACGCAUUCUUACCUUGGAGUCCAAUAUAGAUACUACAGUUAACACUUCUUGCCAAAUAAAUAAAGUAAUCAGCCAUCCAACUCUUCCAAUAAGCAUCACAGCCCACGAGGACAGGCACAUUAAAUUCUAUGACAAUAACACAGGGAAACUGAUCCACUCUAUGGUAGCCCACUUGGAUGCAGUCACAAGUUUAGCUGUCGAUCCGAAUGGCUUGUAUCUGAUGUCCGGCAGCCACGAUUGUUCUAUACGCUUAUGGAACCUUGAAAGCAAAACCUGCAUUCAGGAAUUUACAGCUCAUCGCAAAAAACACGAUGAAUCCAUUCAUGAUGUGGCAUUCCAUCCCACCAAAUGUUAUAUUGCCAGUGCAGGAGCAGAUGCACUUGCCAAAGUCUUUGUAUGAUGCAACACUUCCCUAGCCUUCUAGUUGCCUUGUACAUAUCUAUAAAUA